GUUACUAGAGCUGGGAGAAUUCCACUGGGCUCCACAGAAGGGAUUAGCAUACUCUUGUCCUCUCUUUCUGUACGUAUACUCCUCCAGCUAAGCAAUGGAUUUCUGUGAGUGAAACAAGGACAGGCAAAAUAAGAGUGAGUUUGACUCUAAAAACAUUAUAUCAAGUAAGAAAUCCAUCAUGGGUGACCUCAAGAGACUUCUUAAUCAAGGAGAAUAUGGUCUUUUUGCCUCUGCUCCCAUGCUUGAAAGCAGGUUUGUUCAGAUUAACCGAAGAGGGGAACUGAUUAAUCUCCACAAUCGACCAACCUGCGUGACCAUCGGCAUCUGUGCUGCCCAUUCACCAAUGCCCAGUGGAAUGCUGCUAGCACACAAAGUGCCUGUGUCCCCACAGGAAAUAAUGGCAAAUCUCCAGAAAUUCUCAGAGCAUCCAUCUCAAGUGGAACAGCUAGUACUUAGCAGGUUCUUGCCCUUGAAGUUUGUAGAACUCUCUGUUCACAGCACAGAUAAGAAACAACUCAUGCUAAAAUUAGCAAAUGGCCGUUCCUAUUAUCUAGAGCUCUGUGCUCCACCAGACCAACAACAGCAACUAUUCCACCACUGGUUGAAGCUAAUCUCUCUCCUGAGACAUCCAAAAGAUACUAGCAAUACCAACAUCAACAUAAUAUGUAAGGAUUCUGGCACGAGUCAUGAGAAAGCUUCCAGCCCCAACAAGCCACCAGACAAUAGCAACAACACACAAAACGUGCCUAACCCCAAAAUAGAGGAAGAAACUGUUACUGAACAAACCUCCUCCAACCAAGUUCCCUACUCAGAUACUGUGGGUCCCACCGAAAAGAGUGAAAGGGAAAGGGCAACUUUCAACAGCUCCCAGGAAGCAACCAGGCUAGAAACCACCACGGAGUCAAAGAGUAAAGAUCCUCUGGGUACUACAAACAGCAGAAGCAAAGAAAGAAGGAAGAGCAGGACAAACAAAAUGAAGCCAAAAAAAGAGAAAACACCACAACCUUCAGGAAAUCGAAAGGGUGGCAGUAAGUCAAGCAUAGGCUGCUUCAAGUUAUACUCCAGAUGAUUUGUCAGCGAGAAGGAAUAAUAGAAAAUAAAGCAUCCUGUCAUCAGAUGCUUUUAAAACAGGGACCAGACAUACAUACAGAAUAAAAAAAAAAAAAACACCUGAUGCUGCAGUCUU